AUGAAUACUCUGAUUAAACCUAAGCUAGUUUCAGUUGAUACUGAGGAGUAUUUACCAGCUCAUUCAAAAGGAAAGAUUGAGAAUGACAGUCAAGAAACUAAUGGUGAGGCAGUAUUCACAGAAGCACCUACACAGGUUUCUAAUUUACCAUACUAUAUUGCAUAUCAUCGUAAACGUGCUGAUAAGCUAUUUUUACAUGCACGUGGAAAAGAGAAUGGCCUAAAACAUGUUGACAUAAGAAAGGGUUUCCUGGCAAUAUUCUGGAUUAUUGUGUUUAUUGUAACUAUGAGUGUUUUCAUAAUGAUGGCUACCAAUCUUUUUGAACAGUACGAUUCAGGUCGUGUGGCUACACAGAUCAAAGCGGAACAAGAUGCUAUGAUUUUUCCUGAUGUAACAAUUUGUGCUAAAGUGCCAUUUUAUGUUGAUGAUGAAAAUGCGAAGAAUGAAAAUACAACGGAUUAUAUUUUAAAAAAGAGUGAGGAAUUAAUACGCAAAAAACUGAGAGAUUCAUCCUUAAGGCAGACAAAAUCUAAUGUCGAGGCAGCUUUAUUAAUAGAAAUGGCUAUGAAACGAGAGAAUACUUUCAUGAGAGCCUAUGAACAUUUCAUUUACUGCAAGUAUAAUGAUAAUGAUUGUUCAUUUUACAAUUUCACUGAAAUUGUUCAUUUACGUUACAUCCAAUGUUUCACAUUUUCCCCAAACGAUAAAGUCAUCAGUGGAAAUAAAGGUUUAGAAUUUAUAUUUUAUAAAAGACAUGGUAGAGGAAAACCAUUUGUUAUGCUAAAUGAUCUUGAAGAUGAAUUAUUUUCCUCAGAUAUUUAUGAUGGAAUCAACGUGAUUGUGCAUAAUCCUAAUACAUUUCCAACUUAUGCAUUUAAUUACUUAUCUACUAGUUUUGCUUUAAGAUAUGGUCAGCUGGCUACUGUUGAUGUUUCUGGUUUAAAAUAUACUAAUUUCCGUGGUGGUGCAAACUUCUUAGAAUAUCGUUAUACUUACGAAGAUUGUAUAGCUAAUAUGAAACAGCGUUAUAUAUAUGAAAAGUGUAAUUGUUACUCGGAUCACUUAUUCGUACCAUUUCAAGAUUCUAAAAGUAAUGAUUCAAUGUAUCGUAGUAGUUAUGACACUGCUGAUCUUAUUAACAAUCCUAUUGUUAAUGAAAAACAAGAAGAUGAAUCAGUACAAAAAUCCACUCACUUUUGUCGCGAUAUUCGACAUAAAACGUCACAUCGUCUACGAAAUGAAUUUCUGUGCUUUGAACAAUAUCAAAAAAUGCCAACUACCUCUGUAUUAGAUAAAUUUGUACAGCCAGACAAAUUGUAUGCAACCAGACAUAAUUUGGAUGCUAGAAAGAUAGAAAGACAUAAAGUUUGUUCAUUACUGUGCGAAAAAAGAAUCUACUCAACCAAGUUUUUUGAAAUAACAGAUUUGGAUCCCGAAAUGACACUACCAGUUCCAGUCAUAGCUCACUACAUAAAAGCCCUUGAAACAAGUAAACUACACUUUCCUGAAUUGCAAACCUUAUGGAAUAAAAUGCAAUCUGAUGAGCAAUCGCGGUCACCACUGACAACAGGAACAACAAAUGAGACUGGUGAAGUUAGUCUCUCGUCCAAAAAUUUAAUUAUAGUCAAUAUACGUAUUUCUACGGAAUUGAUUGAUGCAUGGGAAGAAGAAUUAACGGAGACGUUAUUCAAUUUAAUUAGUAAUUUAGGUGGUACAGUUGGUCUGUGUGCAGGCAUCAGUGUACUAAGUAGUUUCUUCCUGGUCUUCUUUUUCGGUAGAGCCCUUUUCCAUGCUGCUUUGAGUUUAAUUCUUUGGUUUUGGUGGGCAAUCUACUUAGGUCGUCCACCUUUACCAGAUAAUAACAAACUGAAUCAAGUGAAUUAUAUUGGAAAUAAGAUUGAGAAAACUGAUUUUCAUAGUGCCAAUUACAGUGAUUCAGAACAUAUAAAUAAUAUUGAAGCUAUACAAACUUCAAGUUCAACAAGUUCUACAGAUACAAGUGAAAUAAUCAACCAUAGUAGUCCUUUACAUGUUUCUACAAAAAAUGACGAAUUAGAUAAGUUUGAAAAAUUCCAAAUCAACAGAAAGAAUUUAACAGCACAAAAGAAAAGUGACAGUAGUGAAGAUAAGCAAAUAUUGAAUGAUCGAGAAGAAUCGGAUGUAAAUAAAAAGGAGAAAUUAGUCUAUAAAUUGUUUAGUACUGAAGUGAAAGUUGAUACAUCAUCAUCAUCGUCAUCAUCAACAUCAACAACAUUAUCACUGUCUAAAGAAGAAUUAAAUGAUAAAAAAGAUUAUUAUGAAGAGAGUUUACCUGACUAUUCUGUGUAUGAAGUAAGUUCAGAAGAAUCAACUCAUGGAAAUACUGAUGUACAGCACGAUAACAAAGUCUUCGAAACAGAUCUUCCGAAAAAACGAAUGAAAGUGUCGCAUUCUAACAAGCGUUCUGCUGAUACUCUGAACAGACAGAUAAAUUCAAAUACCAAACCUGUUUCCAGUCAGCAAAUUACGUAUGAUAACAACGAUAAAAUAAACCACAAAAAUCAGUCAUUGAUUAAUGAAGAUGACUUUCAGGAAAAUGCUACCUGGACACUGGACAGGAAUAACAUUCUCAACAGCGACAAAUUUCCGUUCCUUUAUCCACCUCCACCUCCACCUCUUCAGAAACAAACACUUGAUGAAAAGAAUGAAUAUGACAUUUAUGCAAUUUCAGAUGACAAUUAUUUAAAGAACCCAUUGCAGCCAAUUUUAGACCAAAGUAUUGUUCCAGAUUACUUAUUUCGACGUUAUGCUCAUUCUCCAUUCUGA